CCCGGGCUCCGGCCCGGGUUGCCGUAGCCAAAACCGGUUAAUUAUCGUAGGCUGUUUGUCACGCUUAGUUGCGACGGGAUGGCCUAGAAAGGUCGGCAUCGCACACAGGUGAAGCCACCAAAAUGUCUCUCUUUGUGUGUGUGUGUGUGUGUGUGUGUGUGUGUGUGUGUGUGUGUUUGCCUGUUUGUGUGAUGGAAGACCAUGCAAUGCAAUGCCUUUCUUAUCCGCUGUGUUCAACGACGAACGGCCUCAAACGGGUGGUAUGGUGUGAAAUCGCGCCUGUGACGCAAGUGGUUAAUACCGGUGAGAAUUUCCCCAUCCUCUUCCCCGCUCGGUUGUGGUUUGCUUGUCCUGUGCAUUUCGAUGGACAGUGUCUGUAUAUGUGUGUGUAUGCUGCAUAACACUGCACAGUUCAUGUCACACUUGUGUCCCGAAUACACAAGCUUAGCCUAAGCGACGUUAAAUAUUUGCUCUGUUUAAAAAAGUUUUUAUCUUACCACCGACACACACACACACACAUACCUACAACCAUCAGCAAAGGUGUGACAUUAAAGCGAUACCACUAGACACACACACACACACGCAGUAUCAUCCUUAGUUGCAUGCGGUUUGGAUGGGGGGAAAGGCACCCAGAAAGACAGCCGGACUCGUCAGGAACGUUCAAGUUGGUAGCAGCAGUAGCAGCAGAAGCAGCAGCAGGAGUAGCAUCAGCAAGGGAGCCAGUGUUUGGUUCCGUGUUCUGUGAAAACUGCAACAAGCAGCCGGGCCAACUUCGGUCUUCGGCCCGGGCGGAAUGGCUUUGCAAAACGCUGACGCAUAGCCCCGGCUCCGAUCGAGUGACUUUCAGGUGGCGGCGUGAGGAUGAUGGCAAACACGAUGGCGAAACGAUAUUUACGCUGCGUUUUGUGCGCACCGCACCGCACCACAACUCCCCGACCGCAGCGACCGCCACCGUCGGAAGCGUAAAGAAGCACCGAGGGCCGGAAAUAUCAUCCUCCUUUUGCCUGCAGGAUGCGCACCGGAAAUGUCAACCGAGCCGCUCCCGUUCAGCUGCAGCAACGGGUCGACGAGAGGCACUCACACACACACACACACAGUGAGACAUCGAGUACGCAAGCAUGCGGAAUGCGCCAUCACGAUGCGUUUUUCGGUCGUUCCGUAUGGCACGUACCUUCCGGGAAAGGCUAGAAAUGUGCUAGAAAUAGCAAAUCAACUCGCCCCUUACGCCUGCCUGUCCGCCUGCACACGGAGACACGGACGGUUCAGAUAAGCGAUGAAAAAUAUUCAUUUUAUAAUAAUUUAUUAUGUGAUUAUGCAUUUAAGUACUGGCGCUGGCAGGCUAGCGCGCGCUACGGUGCCACAACGGCCACAUUUCAGCCCGUCCCGAAUGCCGCCCGGAUCGCCGCUCUCGCUGGAUGAGGUGACACGGUGGCAGCAGAAGCACUAGUAGUAGUAGUAGUAGUAGUCGUCGUUGUCAUCGUCCGCUGACAGGCACCAUCUCGACCGUGGCUGAGAAGCUUCGCAACGCAAACUAUCUUUCUUCCGUGACGGUGACAGCGAACACUCGAAAGCCCGGAGUGGGCUGCAGGAGGGUGAAGUAUGACAGCAUGAAAGUAUUAAAAUUAACAUUUUCCAAGACGCAUCCACAGCCCACCCGAAGAUGAUGCGGGCGCGGGCGAGUAGCGCAAUCUGCAUUCGAUAUGGCGGAGCUGGCGGACAAGAAUUUCAUCAAACACGCUUUUUAACUAAGUUUAAUUUUCUUUCCUCGCCAGCUUUCGACCGGAAGAGUGCGCACCUUACAGGGCAAGGGGGCGGGCUUGAACGUUGAGCGGCGCGCUUAUCUUUUCCCUUGUUUGUGCUGCACUCGUCGAGAAAAGAAUGAUAAAUUAAGGGCUGAUGGGGUUAAUAAAGGAGCCACACUAGUGUUGCCGAUGGAUUUGUUGAGUUAUUUGCAAACAAUUGUCUAGAAUAUAAAACAAGCGAAUCACAUUGAAUUGAUAUCAGCGAACAGGCAUACCAAUUAUCAAACAAAUCCAGGCCUAAAUGUAAGAAAAAUUGCCUGUACAUACCUUCAGGCGCUUACCAUUGUAGCAAACGUGUGACCUUUGUUUUAGCCAAGUGUUUAAAGUUUAUUUUCAUUAAAAUGAUGUUUCUUAUCUACUAUAUUUGAUCAAUUUUAUUUCAU